CAUGUGGAAGCUCAAGUGCUCUAGCCCUGAUGCGAACGCGAGUCCCUUUGUGAAGGACCUUUUCUCGCUGAACGGACAUCUAGGGCGCCAACUCUGGGUAUAUGAUCCCGAUGGCGCCACUUCCGCGGAUACCGCAGAGGUUGAGCGAAUUCGUUCGCAAUUCACGUCAAAUCGAUGUUUUCAGAGGCACAGCGCGGACGAAUUGAUCCGCGUGCAGUACGGUGCACUCCGCAAAAAGCGCGCUCGCGAGAUCCAUACCUCCCCACCUCCUCCAUCUGCAUAUGAUACUUCUGUUCGCAGUGUCAGUGUCACGGAAGACCCAAUUCCAAGAUCCGUCAUUGAACGGUCGAUGCGCGCAGGGGUAGAGUUUUACCAAGGAUUGCAGGACGAGGAUGGCCACUGGGCGAGCGACUAUGGCGGUCCUCUGUUCUUACUUCCCGGGCUCAUUAUUGCAUUAUACGUAAUGGGACAGCUUGACCACGUUCUGCCUGAUUAUGUGCAGGUAGAGAUGCGAAGAUAUUUGCUUAAUCACCAAAACGAAGAUGGAGGGUUUGGAUUACACAUUGAGGGCAGUUCCACGAUGUUUGGUACGACGCUCUCAUACGUCUCAAUGCGACUACUUGGGAUGACAGCAACAACGGAAGCUGUGGUAAACGCACGAUCGUGGAUACUUUCCCGAGGUGGUGCAAUUAAUGUUCCGUCUUGGGGUAAGUUUUACCUGUGCAUCCUUGGUAUUUAUGAUUGGGAGGGUCUCAACCCUGUUCCACCCGAAUGCUGGCUGUUACCGUACGAAUACAACCCCAUACACCCUGGGCGUUUCUGGUGUCACUGCCGCAUGGUGUACCUUCCUAUGAGCUACUUGUAUGGCUGCCGAGCGAGUGGUGCGUCAAGCUUUUUAACCGAGGAACUAAAAAGUGAACUGUUUGUUGGUAAUUAUAAAACGAUUAACUGGGAUAAAACUAGAAAUACAUGUGCGUCAGAAGAUCUGUAUUAUUCGCACCCAAGGAUACAAGAUGCUUUGUGGUGGGGUCUAACAAAAGUGGAACCAUUCUUUUUACGAUGGUGGCCUGGUCGAUGGAUACGCGCAAACGCUCUUAAGCUAACGAUGAAUCAUAUUCAUUACGAGGAUGAGAACACGAGGUACAUCAAUAUCGGUCCGGUCAAUAAGGUCAUGAACAUGCUCAGCUGUUGGUUCCAGGAUCCAUCAGAGUUUGGGUCUUGGCGCAAGCACACUCCGCGUGUGGCAGAUUAUUUGUGGCUUGCAGAGGAUGGUAUGAAAAUGGCGGGCUAUAACGGCAGUCAAUUAUGGGACUGCGCAUUUGCUGUGCAGGCUAUCGUGGCAACAGGUCUUCACGUGGAAUACUCUGCUUGUCUGCGAAGUGCACACAAAUACAUCAGAGACAGCCAAGUAUUGGAUGAUUGCCCUGGUCAGCUCUCCAGAAGAUUCCGCCACAUCAGCAAAGGUGCCUGGCCAUUCAGUACGCGCGACCACGGGUGGCCCAUCUCAGACUGCUCUUCAGAAGGCCUAAAAGCUGCCCUAGAGCUCGAGGCCAUGGGUUCUGAACGUGCAGGACCCUCUGUGCCAGUGGGUCUACUUCAAGAAUGUGUCAAUGUAAUACUGUCUUACCAGAACAUGGGGGGUGGAUGGGCUACGUAUGAAAAUACCCGGAGUUACGAAUGGGUGGAGAUAAUUAAUCCUGCUGAAACCUUUGGGGAUAUCAUGAUUGACUACCCAUACGUUGAGUGCAGCAGUGCAUCCAUGCAGGCUCUCGCCAAAUUUCACCAGCGAUACCCCACUUAUCGCAAGCAGGAUAUCAAAAAGAGUCUUCACCGAGGGCGCAAGUUUUUACUUUCGAUCCAGCGGCGUGAUGGAAGUUGGUACGGGAGUUGGGCUAUUUGUUUCACAUAUGGAACGUGGUUUGGGAUAAAGGGUCUUAUGUCGACUGGUUCAACGUUUGAGACUUGUGAAGCCCUCCGCCGCGCCGUGAAGUUUCUGUUGUCCAAACAAAUGCCGUGCGGCGGGUGGGGGGAAAGUUACCUUUCCAGCCAGACAAAACAAUACGUGCAGCUUGAAGGAGGGGUGUCACACGUUGUGAACACAGCAUGGGCCAUGCUUGCGCUGUUGGCAUCAGGUCAAAUUUCGCGAGACCCUUUGCCGCUGCAUAGAGGGGCUCGUUCACUCAUGCGUGCUCAGUGUUCAAACGGUGACUGGCCGCAACAGACAAUUAUGGGAGUCUUCAAUAACAAUUGUAUGAUCACUUACGCGAACUACCGAAAUAUUUUCCCUCUUUGGGCGCUCGGGGAGUACACAAAUUACGUUUACGGAUUCAGACCUUCAGAAGGACAGAAAAAUGUGUAUUUCGAAGGGAUUACGGCAGGAGCGAGGGUCAGCAACACAUCAGACGAAGAUUAGGGAUGAAUGCUGCAAGGGCUCCCCAUGAUCCCCAAGAUUCCCAAAAGAUUGACUGCAUAGUUUCUUUUCUUUUCCUGGACACUUUCUGCCAGCACACAGCGAAGGUGACACCUGACCACUAAGUGAAAGGAAUGGAGAGAGAAAGUGUAGCUAAUUUCUAGAAAAUUUGCAAGCUGGUCUUAAGAUCUACACGGUG